AUGUCUUUGAAUGUGGAUAUUCUCAAGGUUGGUAUAUGGGUUAAUUGCAGAGUCUUUGGCUCUAAUAUCAGUGGGUCAACACCACAAAGGAACUCACUGAUCCUCGUAACACAAGCUGAGAACACGAAAGAAGACCACAAAAUAUCGCCAAGAGCUACAAGAGGUCUCGAGUAUCUUCACAAAGCUGCUGCUCCAAGAAAGCCUUGGAAGAAAAAACGAUGA